GGCGGUCCGGGACAUGGCGGCGGUGCUGCGGCGCGGGGCGGCCGGGCUUCUUACCAGAUUGCAGACAUCAGCUCCCACAGUAAGAACUCUGUCAUCAUCAAAGUCCUUUUCACAGAACAUUCCAAGCUGUUUGUGGAAACUGGGCCAACUUAACCAUGUGGCCAUUGCAGUGCCUGAUCUGGAGAAGGCUCAGUCCUUGUACAGAGAUGUGUUGGGAGCCCAGGUGAGCAAGACUGUUGCUCUUCCUGAACAUGGUGUGUACACUGUUUUUGUGGAGCUGGGAAAUACCAAGCUGGAACUUCUACAUCCUUUAGGAGAGAAAAGUCCCAUUGCAAGUUUUCUGCAAAAAAACAAGACUGGAGGAAUGCAUCAUAUCUGCAUUGAGGUUGAUGACAUUAAAGCGGCUAUGACAGAACUGAAGAAAAAACAGAUACGAAUAUUGAGUGAAGAGCCAAAAAUAGGUGCACAUGGCAAACCUGUGAUUUUUCUUCACCCUAAAGAUUGCCAUGGAGUCCUUGUGGAACUUGAGCAAGCUUGAGCUGUAAUAUUCAUAAAUAAAACAAUGGAAUAGUUGUGAAGUUCCUGAGCUGGUGCUGGGAAUGUUGAUGUGGUGUUUAGUCUUUACAAGUUCAUUGUAGUUCCCACAGAUUUAAGUACAGCUUUUGAGUACUGAAAUAGUGCUACAGGUUUAGGGUAAUUUUCUUUUUUUUUGUAGCUGAUCUGAUUUUCAGAAUUAAUAUCUUGACAUUUCUUGAAUUCUCUGUGAUUCGAAAGACAAAUACAUGAGCCAAGUUACAAAUGUACCAUAGAAAUUUAUGUUUUGUUGCCUGUGCAGCGUGAUUUUACCUCUGUAACCACAGAAACUGUACAGUUUCUAGGUCAACCCACAUUAUUUUGUUCUACAUUUCACAGCAGAGACCCACUUCUCAGUGACAACAAUAUAGCUUAGACAUUCUCUUUAGAAAUGAAGGAAAAAUGAACCUUGUAUUUUCUGUUUUCACCAUUCACCAUCUGUGCUUCACACUGAUUGAUUGGUUCAUGAAUAAAAAAAUCCGUCUGUUAUUGUA